AAAGCACCUUUUUCUGUUUCGUCUUCCUCAACAAUCCCCAACAUACAAAACCCUAAUUCCAUAAUACUGAAUCCUUUUUGCUCCAAAAAAUUUCCCAGAACCAUCAAAAUCUCUCUCAGAAUUUACAUGAAGUUACUCUCCAAUUUUCCCCUUUCCAUUUUCCGAUUUCAAUAAUGAUCAGACAAAAUGGCACCGCCGUCCCCACCACCUGCGGCAACUGCACCGUCGAAGAACGGUGGUUCCUCCACCACAUCCUCCACAGAGGAAUAUUCCGGCGAAUUUGCACCAACUGUGUCCUCAAACUCAACUCUCAAUCCUUUUGCCCCACUUGCUUCCUCAUCUACAGCCCUUCCCCUCCAUCUUCAUCUACCUCCAACGGCCUUAUUUCGUGCUUCAAAUGCUAUUCCCUUUCUCACAACUCCUGUGUAGGUGUUAAUCCUCCUCAUCCGUAUCUCUGUCCCCUUUGUGUAAACCCUAGUUCCCCUGUUUUUUCGCUGAAGAAGGGGAAGGAGGUUGGUUUCGAUAAUGAGGAGGGUAGGGUUGUUGAUAUGAAGGCGGCCAAGGUUUUGUUAACGGCGGCGAAGAUUGCUGCUGCGAGUUUGAAUAGAGCUGCUUUGGCUGCUAGGGUUGAGGCGGAGAGGAGGGCGAAGGAGGCGGCGUUUACUAGGAAAAGAGCUAGAGAGGCUAUAGAGCAUGUUGCGUAUCUAACGGCUAGGGAAAAGUUGCAGAAGAAGGAUGUAGUGCCGUUGUUGCAUUCUAAUGGACCAGGAUUCGUUGGUGGCAAUGUGAUUAAUAGGGGUGGGAAUCAAUGCCAAAGUAUGGUGUUAGCAGCUUUGCCGGCGGAGGAGGAGAUUGUUGGGAAUGCGGAUAGGUUGGAUGGCUCUUCUGAGGUUUUAGUAGCUUUGAAUGCUGUGGAUUUGAAAGGGAAGAGUCCGAUCACGGGGUUGCCUGCUGGGAAAAGUGGAUCUGCAAUGGCUGCAGAGAUGAACGGGGUAGCAAUGGAGACCCCUUCAUCUGCUACGAGGGGAGAAUUAGUGCGGAAUCAUAGUGGCGCUACUCGAGUUGAGGACGGGAAGCCUGGGGAAGUCGAGCGUGAGAAUGGCCAAAGGGAGAUGGUAAACAGUGGAAUGGUGUCUGGAAAGGAUCAGGAUCAGCGUAUGGUAAACUCCAAUGGUGGGAAAGCGAAUGGUAGUCACCCUCAGCUAUAAUUGUAGCAGGAAAAAUGGUUACUUGGCUCACAAAGGCUAGUGUCUGGGCAUUCAGUCGAUUUGAAUGUGAAGACUGGGACAUGGUUCGUGUGGGUUGUUUUUGUUAGACUAAGGAUAUUAUUCCGUACAGUAUUUCUUCAGUAUUUUCUUGUGUAAAGAUGUUCUCUGUACUUUUAUUUAGUGAAAGGUCAGCUUCCAUGCAUUAGUGCUUCGCUAAA